AUGGCGCUAUCCCCACUCACACCCGCCCAACUCAACAACGCAGCCGCAAAAUGCCUCGCCCUCCAAGCCUCCGGCCAAGACAUCCACAGCAAAAGGCCCUUCGCAGCUCUCCUCCUCGCCCCGGACAAUGAAACACAAUUAAUGUCCUCCCUAUCCCUAUCCCACGUCCGCCACGCCGAGUGCGAACUAGCCCGCAACGCAGCAGAUAAUUACUCCUGGGAAUACCUUGCGGGAUGCACCAUGGUCUCAACCUGGGAACCUUGUGCCAUGUGCGCGGGGACUCUCUACUGGGCGCAUAUCGGGCGGUUGGUAUACCUGGCGUCUGAGAAGACGUUACAGGGGUUGACAGGGGAGGGGAAUACGGAGAAUCUCACGCUUGAUUUACCUUGUCAUCAGGUAUUUGCGGCGGGACAGACUAAGGUUGAGGUUGUUGGCCCGUUGGUGGAGGAGGGGUGGGAGGGGAAGGUGGUUGAGGAUGCGCAGCGGUAUUGGUCGACGCAUAGGCAGGUAUGA